CGUCACUUUCCAAGAUGGCGGCGCAGGGAGCUCAAUCUAAGACUGGAAGCAAAACUUCAGGAGAAUUGGUCCGGGGGCAGACUUUUGAAGUGGGACCCCGCUAUACGAACCUCACAUACAUUGGAGAAGGAGCGUAUGGAAUGGUCGUGUGAGUAGGCUGUUUCUGUUUCUUAUAAUUCGGACGCCAUACAUCCUUCCGCGUUCAUUGACCGACCGCGUCAACCGGGUGACGUCCCCUGGUUGCUGUGUUUCUUUUUCUGGAAUUUUAACCAUAUACCUCACAGCCAUAAAUUAAUUGAUUCACUGAAGUCCAUUUAUUUUAUUUUUAACGUUAGGCCGACUGAAAAACCCUUCAACUGCUCCCUUCUUCAGCCCUUUAUUUACGAAAUGAUACAAUGUAUUAAUACAGAUGUACAGUACAGUCACUGGACUGUCUCCCGGUGUCCAGUAUAGUCCAGAUAACUCAGAAUAACAGACUGAUAAUUUAAUAAAUUCAUAAUAAAAUAUAGUCAUAGUGCAUAUUAUUAUUGAUGGUUUGUUUAAAGAAAGGAAAUUCAAUUAUAAAACAAAAAAAAUUAGAUUUUUUUAAAGGUUGGUUUGGGGGGGGGGGUGUAUUUGGACAAGUGUACCAGAAUAGUCAAUAGUCUGGAUGGAAUUAAAGUCCUCCUAAUCCUAGACUUAGACAAAAAAAAAAAAUAUAUUUUUUUUUAAAGGGGGGUGGGGGGGGGGGGGGGUGUAUUUGGACAAGUGUACCAGAAUAGUCAAUAGUCUGGAUGGAAUUAAAGUCCUCCUAAUCCUAGACUUAGACAUGGUGAUGAUGUCCCUUUGCGGUAUUCUUUAUCCCCAGCUGAGUAAUGUGCUUUUAAUUUUUGUUAAAUGGCUUGGGAUUUUAUUUGAUCCCAUUGUUUGUUUGAUGGAGUGACCCAAAAAAAUAUAAGUAUAAGGGUAACGUGUUUUUUGCAUGUGUUCAACAUAAUAUUUUCACUUAUUAAACUUAGUAAUCCAAGCAAAAUAAAAGGGACCACUUUAUAAAAAACCCACUAUUCUUCUUUCAUUGUUUGGGUAAAUAUGCAGUUGGGGGCUCACCAGUGACGUUACUUUGGGGAAUCCCAACACAGGACUUAGGGUGACAAGACUUACAGUUGGAGCUGAACAAUGAGUGUGAUAAAUUUCCUGUUCUUUGCUGAGCAUUAUUAGCUCCAUAAACAUAAUCUGAUGAUCUAAGCAGUUAAUAUGAUAAAAAUUAAAAUGAAAUUUUCCAUCCAUUUUUAUUAAAAUUCAACUUGCAAGGCUCAAAAGAAAAGAGAAAUUGAUCCUUUCUGAUACCACAAGAUGAACACUAGAAAGUAGACGUACACAUGGUUUAAAGUGCUGUCUUUUGAUUUGUGAAAAAAAGUACCUGUAUGCUAUUCAUUUCUGUUACGGUAUGUCCCAUUUCUACAUAAUUUUCUGGGAAGGGUAGAUUCAUCCCCCCUCUUUUAAGACAAUAAUGAGAAAAAUAAACUUUUCAAAGUAAUACAGAGCUAAGCUUUGAAAUCUUUUGAAAAUGUGGCCGGUAGUUGACCUGGAGAACCCCAUGACCUACAUACUGUGAAAGACAUCGUCGCCCUGCCGCUAACUGCAUUUUGCCCCAUUUUGUUUCCCCAUAACAAAAUAAAAUUACAAUUUAAAUGAAUCUUCUUAAUGCUAAUCUAUUUAUUGAAAAUUCAGCAUCGUGAAAAUGAAAAGACCAUUUAAAGAUACCAAAAUUUACUAUUUUUGGAAACCUUCAGCUCAGCUCAUGGAUACUUGAUUUUGGAAAAAUUCCAGGAAAUAAAAGGAAAAUGGGAAAAACUAUUUAUUAAUUUAGAAUUUGGUAUUCUUAAUACACAAGAGAUGAUCCUUCUUUGCAUUAAAUAUACAUGAAUUAAAUACAGGCUACAAAUUGUACUUUUCCAAACUAAUUAUGCAAUUAAAUAAUUUAAAAAACUUAAAUAUCUGAACCAUGUAUUAUAAAUAAGGUUUUGGGCCAUUGACAUUCUGAAAAUAAACAGCAAUUUUUUUUGUCCGAAUGUUGAAAGGUCUUUGACUACUCUGGCCAAACAUUUUUUUCAUCCAAGACAAAUGGUCGUACAUGACAUCUCAAAAGAAAUUUUUUUUUUUUUACUUUUUAGAAAAUUAUUCACAUUAUCAAUACUUUUACCUUAUGCAUAAAGUGGCAUAUAUCCAUAUCAUCUCACAAGGUGCAGUGAUAAACUGGCCAUGCAGUGAUAAACUGGCCAUGCUCACCUAUUUCAUUUAAAUCGGACCUUUUGCUGUAGGCUUGGACAUUUUUUCAAUAACCUAAUAGCUACACAUUAAGUUACUUUUGGUUUCCUUAUUCAUUUUUCUCAAUGACAUUAGUAAUUAUACCUAAUAACCCGCAACGACUCUCCUGUACCAGCAACAGAAAGAAGGAGAAGACUUUAUUUCAGACAUGUUCCCAAACGGUUGCUCUGCUUUUUUGCUUAACAUAAAUUAAUGCUGCAUGUUGAGCCAUCCCACUCGCUAGCUUUUGUGACCUCCCCCAUAGCCAUGUUCCUCUCAUGCAAUUUUCCAAAAAUACUAAACCAAUGAAUGCUGUUUGAAAUUUUCACUCCAAAAUGUUUCACGGGAAACGUUAUCCACACAGCUCUGCAAAUAAUGUUGGGCGUUAUCAGCAGACCGAAAUCUUCGACUGAAUGGGUUCACCUUGUACUGUUAAAAGCGACUCAACUUUUCGAGGGCCGCAUGUCACUCGCUCAAUCACUCACUCACUCACCCACCCACUCACUCACUUACUUAUGUCUUUUACCCCGUUUUACAAGAAUUUUCCCUUCAUCUCGUUCGUGCGCUUUCCUUUCCAGUUGCUUCAACGCAUAUCCCAUUCUUAACUGUGUGUCUGCCUCUGGCUCAGCUUGUCAAAUAAAAUAAAGACCAAGUAGUUAUGAAACUAAGCGAGAUCUGGCUUAAACAUGGUUUAUGCAGCUCAUCUGUAUGUACAUGUUGUUUACAGUUUUUUGACAAAACUUGAAUGAACAUUCUAACAAAAUAGAUUGAAACUAGAAUUUUGAAUACCUACGUUGUUGGACAGAAUGAAAAGUAUAAUAAAAUGAAUAAUAAAGCUAUAUAAUAAUAAUAAUAAUAAAGUUCAUUUAAAAAAACACGCUUCAUCCCCAAAGGCUCGAAGCGCGGUACAAAGUCAACAAAAAACAUAUCUAUAAUUCACCACAUUUAAAACAAACACAACACUACAAAAACUAAUUACAAGCAUACAAUAUCAAAGUCUUUCUAGCCAUUUCAACCCGGAGCAACACAGCAACAAUAUGAAGAGUAUAAUAGAACAAUACGAAAAGUAUAAUAAAGCUAUAUGAAAAAAUAUAAUAAAACGAAAUAACCUUUAAGUAUUUUAAAAAAAAAUUAUUUAAAAUUAUUUAAUUGAAAAAAAGUAGCUCUCCCGGGGAACCGAAUCCCGGUCUCCUGAGUGACAGGCGGGAAUACUUACCACUAUAUCACCGAGGAGCUGUCUACAAGGUGAACUAUAUAUUUUAUAUUUAUAAUUUAAUUUAUUACUGCUCUGCGAAUAAUGCUUAGCGUUAUGGGCAGACCGAAAUCUUCUAAUAACAGCGAGAAUUAUCCGCACAGUUCUGCAAAUAAUGUUGAGCGUUAUCGGCAGAUCGAAAUCUUCGAAUAACGCCGAAUGUUAUCCGCACAGUUCUGUGAAUAAUCACUUGGAUGUUUUAUUUUUUCAACACAUACAAAUUUCUAAAGCUUGGCAGGGGCAUUUAAAAUCAGCUCACAGGUUGGACAGCACUGGUCUAGAAAAUUUCUUCUUGGCCGGUCUAUAAAUAGAAACUGUGAAAGAAGCAAUGUUGGGGGAGGGGCUGGCAUCAGCUAACUUAAACACACAAUAAAACAACUUGUCACAGAAUAUAAGAUGUUAUAAUUUAUUGCGCAAACAGUGCUUUAUAACGAACAAUCAGUUACAAUUUAAUUUUACGACAAAAACUGUUAAGAUUGAGAGUUGAGUAGUGGUGUUGCUCAAGCAGGAUAUUUGUUUUGUAGACAUCCCUAUCCCUAAAUAAACUAGAUUCCAAGAAGAUCACUUGGCAUCUGAUUCUCCUGCUCAAGUAUACUUUGAAAAUUCACCUAAAUUUCCUAUGUUGUUGCUGAGAACUAAUCACACAUUUUAAUGUGAAAUUUGUUUUAAUAGAUCAAAGAUCUUCUAUAACCAGCAUUAUAUCUUGAAAAAGAAAAUUUACGAAUCACAGUAUUAAAUAUGUUAUGUCUUUCUAAAGGUCGGCCAUGGAUAAUGUAACAAAACAGAAAGUUGCUAUCAAAAAGAUCUCACCGUUUGAACAUCAGACAUACUGCCAAAGAACACUGAGGGAGAUUAAGAUUCUCACACGGUUUAAACAUGAGAAUGUAAGUAACUUUUUAUUUUUCUUCAUGUUUUGUUUUGUAAGAGGUUGGUCAUGUUUCUUUCAUCCUGAUUGUAUUUUUUAAAAAAACUGAACUUUAAAAUGAAGAUUUAUUUGGGUGUUUUUUGUUAAAAAAUCUUGUAUUUUAAAAUCUCAAGUCCUGCAUCUUUGGUUUUCACUGCUGUAAUUAUCAUGAAGGCCUGAAUUUGCUUGGUUGGUGGCGGUUCAAAGAACCAAAAAUCAAAGAUUUCAAUACAAGCUUAAAAGUCUUUAGUUGUUGAAGCUAUAGAUUUGUCAUUCAGCUCAUUGAGAUGUUUCUGGGUUUCAUUUCAUAAUUUAUUCAAACAGUUUGUUCAACCUUAGCUUUUGUUAAAACUUUAUUUUUUUUAAAUUACUUAUCGUCUAGCUUUUGUGUGUUCAUGCAUCUAUUUUAGUAAUUAGGCAUUGAAUGUAUGACCCUAUAUGUGCAAAUUACAAAGUUCCCUUAGUGUAAAAAAAAAAAUUAUUUUAAUCAUAAGUAUAAAAAAUUUUUUUUAAAGGAUACAACACUUAUAGCAUGAGCAUGCUUUUAAAAGCCCACAAAAAAAAUUUAUAAAAAAAAAAGAAAAACAUUAUGUCUUCCUUAAGUUUUUUUUUGUACGUUUUUUAUUUUUUGUUGAAGAGUUCAGAUUACAUAGUUUGAAUACACAUGUAUUUUAGGGAUUUGUAAUUUUUUUUAUUGAAUGCAAUGUUCAUAUUGUGAAUCCUCCCUUGUAAUUUUAUUGUUAUGUGUUUUUCAUUAUUUUAUUUUAAAUUUUCAAAUUUAAUUUUUAAUGCUCAUUUAAUUAUUUUGAAAAUAUUUUUCCUAAAAGUGAAUUUGAUAAAUAAAAUUUAGAAAAUGUAUGGCAUCUGAAUUCUAAUAGUCAAAAGGCCAGAACUCUUUUAAGUUAACAUAAUGAAAAAUGUUUAAGGAAUUUAAAAUUAAGAGCAAUAGUCUUGGAGUGGAUGAUUCUUAAAAUAUCUGAACUCUUCAAGUGUUUAUAAUUUUUUCUUUCUUAUCCUUUUUUUCCCCCACACAGUUUCAUCAUGAAAAUGUAAGUUUGAUUCUAUUCCUGUAACACUGGUCCAAACAUGUGGAGUGGUUCAGUUGAGAGAAAAUGCAGACUGCUUAAAAAUGAGCAAAUUGGUUUUGAAUGAGUUUCGUGCGCUAUUUUAUUUUAAAAACCAUUGUUCAUGAGGCAAAGUAAAGUACAAGCCAAAUCUUAGCAAGUUUUAAAGUGUUAACUAGUUAUGAAAGUUUUGUGACCUGUGCAUUAAGUUUCUUUCUAAUUGAAAGGAAGGUAAUUUUCUUCAUUAAACAAACAAGCUUAUUUAGUUGCUUCACAGUUGGCUUAAUUUCAAACAAAACAUCUUUAUACUCAAAUUUUUUCAUAUUGCUUUUGCUUUUUAUGAAAAUUGACUAGGCAAUUGCUUUUCUUAAAGUCUUCUUUGAAAAAUAAAAUAUUUAAGUGUUAUUCAUAUUAAUGCAUAUAUUUUGAGUCUCAUCAUGACAAGCCAUUUCUUUCACAUGUACAUACCAUCUUUAAAGCAUCUAUUAGGUGUAAGUGCAUGAAGUUUUAAAAAUGUUCCUGUAAUUGUAUACAGGAUGAGAUAAUUUAAUUGAUGAUCAUGGGGAAACAACUCUGAUCUCAUUUUCUGCAUUCCCACUGUCAUUAACAAACUAUAUGAGACUCCUAUUUAUGAUUAACUAACAACUAAAUGUGUUAAAUUACCAGUUACAUUACUUGGCAUUACAAAAGAAAUUUGAUUAUCUCGACUAAUUGUGGCCAGGUGUGUGGAAAAAAUCUGGAUAACAAAUUGAAAAUAGUCACCAUGUUGUCUUGGUCUUAACCAUCAAAAUUAUUCAUGUUUUUUUGUUUUUUUAACCGAGUAAAAAUAGUAUCUUGGUUAUAAUUCUUUCUCUUGCCCAAUGUAAAAUGUAUGUUGCUGGAUCAAAUAUAAAAUAUAAACCCAUCAUCAAAUGCAGAAAUGUAAUUUUAGACAGAUUAAAUGUUUUAGGCAACAGGCUUAUUUAAGUUACUCUAAUGUGAACAACCCAGUGACAGCAAAACACACACAACCUCUUACCUCGGGAAAAUACAAUGUUGCUACUUUAGGCAGAGUUUUAUUUUAUUUCUGAUAUAAAAGAAUGACUGUUGCCAUGAAACAAUAAAAGAAUUCAUUAACUAACACACAACACAGAGAGUUUAUACAUCUUAAACUCAUCUUGUAAUCUGCCAGCCAUAUUGGAUUAAAAUAUACUUAUUUCACUUUCUUUUUUUCUGUCUAGUUUUGUUUGUGGAAGAAAGCUUUCAGCAGAAACCUCAGUGUUAUUAUUUUGAUUAAUAUUUCAAGUUUUCCUUAAAACUGUUCCCUAAUAUUCCCUGUAAUAUUUCGCCACAGAUUAUCCUUAAAGACACUUAUGAAAAUUGAAUUUUGUUACCUAAAAAUUGUGGCCUUACUUUUAUUAUGUUUUUAGUGUCAUGAAUGGCUGUCAUUGACAUCACCACUUUACUUUUUAAAGAAAAGUGAAUGUUUGGCAUUAUUAUCAUAUUACUAGCUAUAGCCCGCCAAACAAUGGUGGCCGCAACUAAAAUUACUCGACAAAACAUGCUUUAUAAAAUUCCCAAUUAGUGCUACCAAAUGCCACCGGCCCUGAACUAUACUAAUAUUCUUAUGUCCCACACCCUUUUUACACCUCAGAUUUAUAACACCAUGUUUAAAUUGACAUUAUUUCCGUAAAACGCAAGUGGAUAUUAUGCACCAAACGAAAUUGCUGUUCUUAUAACUUAUUAUAAGAAUCUUAUUUCUGGAAUUUUUGCCGUACUUUUAAGAAUCUCAUUUCUGGAAUUUUAUUUCGUGAAAGCAUUAGUGACAUUAGUAGAAUUGUAAUAUUACCUAGAGAAUUAUGUAUUUUGAUCGUCUCAUAAGGAAAUGAAUGUUUUUUCUAAGAGUAAAUGAAAGGUCAGUUUGUUUCCAUGUUAUUUCUGUGCAUAAAACUAGUCUGCAUUUAGUAAGUUAUUAAAUGAAGUGUUUUAUUACUAAAAUAUUAUAUAUUUUUUUUAGCAAUGGCUUUUUUAAUUUUUCAAAUUACAGGUCCAUUUACUUAAGUGUUUGUUUAAAGCCGUUUUUUAUUUAAAAUAGUGACAUUUAAAUAUUUUUUUUUCAAAUAGUGUUUUAAUUAUAUUUCUAUUUGAUUUAAAAAUUUAAAAAUUAAGUUAUUUUGUAUUUGUUUAUUUCAGAUUAUUGACAUCCGAGACAUUUUAAGGGCUCCGACGGUUGAAGAAAUGAAAGAUGUGUAUCCUUAAGCUUUACCAAGUUUUAUCAGUUUGCUCCAUUGCUAGCGCUCUUAGAAGUAUAUCUAAUCUGUAUUUGUAAAUAGGUUGUUAUAUAAUUUUAUUAUAACUUGCUCUUUGAAAGUUUGCAUUUUUUUUUAAAAAUCGCUCUAGUUUCCAAACUAAAAUGGUUUGCCUACUUAAGGACAUGUAAUAAUUGUAAACAUAUAUUGUCGCUAAUGUCCUCUAUAGAUGUGUCGAGUUCAUUACAUUUAAAUUCUAAGUGCGCUUUUGUUCCAUCAAUCCUUGACCUUGAGCUCAGUUAUAUAGUGCAAUGCCUAAUGGAGACAGACAUGUACAAACUUUUGAAGACACAGCAGCUAAGCAAUGACCAUGUCUGCUAUUUCCUGUACCAGAUUCUUAGAGGGCUUAAAUACAUUCAUUCAGCCAAUGUCCUGCACCGGGACUUGAAACCAAGUAACCUUCUUCUCAACACGACUUGUGAUCUCAAGGUAAUCUGGUUUUUCUGUGGUGAUGUGUAAAGAUUUUAUCAUUGUGAACUUGGUUACUCUUCCAGCUUUUGGUAAUUUUUUUCAUGAUUUUUUGUAGCAAGAAAACAGUAGUUCAAACAUUAGUCUUAAAUAAUAUUAAAACUGUAAUUGCAUAAAGACAUUGAGUACUCUUAUCAAAUUCAGUCUAAUAACCUCUUUUAAAGUUGAAUAGAUUGCAAACAUAUUAACUGCAUUGAAUUACUGUUAGUGUUUGUUUCAUUUUGUGAUUGAAACAUGUUCCCGUUUUCAGAUCUGUGAUUUCGGUCUGGCUAGAGUAGCUGACCCAGACCAUGACCAUACUGGUUUUUUGACAGAGUACGUUGCCACCAGGUGGUACCGGGCACCUGAGAUUAUGCUCAAUUCCAAGGGUUACACCAAAUCAAGAAUCCUUUACUUGAAACCAACAAGCACAACCACAUUGCUGUGGGGGUUACUGUUAUUUUGGAUAUGAUAAAACAGUGUUAUAUUAUAUUGUAAUUUUUUUAUAUAUAAUAAUUUUGACUAUGUAACAUUUUUUUUCUCUUGUAGUUGUUUGCAUGAAGGCAAGGAAGUACUUUUAAAGUUUUGUUAACUGAAUAUUAGAGUGGCAUAUAAAUUGAUAACAUUUUUUUUCAUAUAAUUGAAAUUUCUGUUAAAUAUUCCUUCUAUUACAUCAUUGAUUUAAAAAUUAUGUCUAAGAGUUUUAAAUAAUGUUCAUAAUUAUACAUAAAUUUAGCUACACAAAUUUGUAUCAUUUGUCAGGCAUUUUAUUACAAACAACUUAAGUUCCUUAACUAGAUUCCAGUUGAUGUUUGGUCUGUUGGGUGCAUUCUAGCUGAGAUGUUGGCCAAUCGUCCAUUGUUCCCAGGAAAACACUGUAUCCUUGAUUUGAUUAACGCAAAUGCCCUUUUUUUCUUCUUCUUUCUGUUUACUUAAAUAAUUAAAUUAUUUAUGUCUUCUAGGUUUACCCAUAAAAUGUUGGUUUAAUUUUUUUAUUUAGGUUUGAUCAAACCCAAACUUUUUUUUUGUUGAACUUUUAGUCUUCAUUAUCUGCAUGAGAUGGACCUUAUGGGUUGUAACCCAUUAGUCAUUAGGCCAUCGGGGUAGUGAUCACCCAAUUGUAAAUUGGGCCAGUCACUGACCUGUAUAGCAUUAAGGGACUUAAACUAAUAGAAACUAUUUUAGUAUUAUGACAUUAUCAACACAUUUUGUGUUUUGCACACCUGCAUACACCUAUCACAUCUGACGUAAACCACUGUAGUCUUAUCUCAGUUUCUACAAUUGUCAGGUUGUGCACACAUCACGGUGCCCAUGACCAUUCCGAUGAAGGCUGAUAUUCAACAAAAUGCAAUGUCAGUAGUUCAAUGGGGUUUUUAUAUUUUUAUUAGCAACUCAACUUAUAAACUAAAUUUUGUAUUCUUCGGCCUUUUUUUUCCACUCGGGUAGUAGGCGGCCUGAUAGAAACAGUUACAAUUUAAUCAGUUAAUUUGUGUAAACCAGCAAUAAACGAAUGUCCCAUCGUGAAUAUUCCUUGACUGUGUACCUAAGAUCUUGAUCAGUUGAACCACAUACUUGGUGUCUUAGGAUCUCCCAGCCAGGAUGAUUUGCAGUGUAUCAUCAAUGACAAGGUCAAUUCAUGGCCUAUAACAUAGACUGUAUUCUCUUAGAUGGGUUACAUUACACAUACCACAUGUAUUUACACAUAUGUUGCUGCCUUGUAAAUUUAUAUGGUUGGUAAAUGUAUAUAAUAUGUGAACAGUCAGUAACUUAAACAUUACUCCACCCCAGGUCCAUGCAUUCUAACAUUGAAAUGGCAAAGAAAUAAUUAGCCAUCACCUCUGCUGUAGCCAUUUUGUUCUCUUCAAAUUAACACAUUUGAAAUAUUUCUCUGUUAGAUCAUGUAGCACUGAGAUCAAAUUUGUUUUCAGUUUUUAAAUAAGGUUUAACAAAUUUAAUUAGCACAGUCUCUUUUUUUUUUUUUCUUUCUUUCUACCAAAGUCUGAGAACAGCUGUAAUAGGAAAGUAUAAUAUUUGAAUACAAUUAUCCUUAAAUUGAAAUGUAUAUAAUCAACAAUAUAUUUGUUUUAGUUUUGGUCUCUAAUGUCCUCUGUUGAAAAUAAAUUUCUUUCAAAACAGUCCAUUAUUCAAAGUUUCUUCUUGUUCAAACAGGCUAGAGGCUACAUCCAGUCCUUACCAUACAAGCCUAAAGUACCAUGGCAGAAAUUGUUUCCAAAUGCAGAUGCUAAAGGUAAGUCCAGGUUUGUUUUAAGGUUUACUAAGGUUAAGAUUUGUUAAUGUACUUUACUUCUUUUCACAGCCUUGAAUGGUACAUAAUUUUUGCAAAGAUCCAUUUGAAAUAAUUUCUUAAAGCUAAAACAGGUUAAAAAAAUUGUUAAAUUGGACUACCGUACUUUAUUUUUUUUUACCAAGAACUAAAAAAAUGUCUUAAUUUUAAUGAUUUUUUCUUCUUCUUCAUUAGCACUUGAUCUUUUAGAGAAAAUGUUAACAUUCAAUCCCAACAAGAGGAUAACGGUAGAACAGGCGCUAGCACAUCCCUAUCUGGAGCAGUACUACGACCCAGCUGAUGAGGUAAACAACCAAUCAAUGACCAUUAUGUUAUUAAUAGCUUUAUACAAUAACUUUGGCCUCACAAUCAACACAAGGAAGACUGAGGUGAUGUAUCAGCCAGCUCCCAGUAAGUCCUACGUUGAACUCAAAAUCAUGAUCAGUGGACAGCGUCUCAACCCGGUGGAUAAAUUUACUUACUUGGGCAGCACCCUCUCUAGAUCUGUCGUCAUGGGUGAUGAAAUGAAUGGCAGACUCGCAAAAGCUAGUGCCCUUUUUGGCAGGCUCCGCAGCACUGUUUGAGACAGGAGAGGUAUCAGUCGAGAAACAAAGCUCAAGGUCUAUAGCGCAGCAGUCCUCCUGACACUGCUCUAUGGAUGUGAAACGUGGACUGUCUACCAGCGUCACGCCAAGAAACUGAAUCAUUUUCACACUACCUGCCUCAGGAAACUCCUCGACAUCAGGUGGCAAGACAAAGUCCCCGACACCGAGGUCCUCGCUAGAGCGAACCUACCUAGUAUCUUCACCACUCUGAUGCAGUCUCAGCUCCGUUGGAUGGGACACGUAGCCCGUAUGGCAGACCACCGGCUCCCGAAACAAAUAUUCUUUGGAGAACUCACGAUAGGCAAGCGCUCCCAAGGAGGCCAAAGAAAGCGUUUCAAAGACUCACUGAAAGUGGCACUAAAGGCCUUCAGCAUAAACACUACUCAAUGGGUGCAGACAGCCCAGGACAGAGCCAGAUGGAGAGCUGCUGUCAAGAAGGGGGCUAAAUCCCAUGAAGCUAAGAGAAUAACCACAGCUGAGACACGCAGGCUUGUCCGAAAGAGCAACAUUAGGUCAUCGCCUGAAGCAACUAUUCCAUGCCCACGGUGUCAUAGAUUAUUCCGAGCAAGGAUCGGUCUAACAAGCCACCUAAGAGCUCACCGUAAUCCCAACCCCCCCUCCCCCGCCCCUAACCAGAUGAUUCGAUGGUCCUUGUCAACUUCGAUGGACGAACAACAACAACAAUUUUGUCUAUGUUCAGUAUUGUUUAAAUUUUUGUACCCAGGUUAAAAAAAAAACUGGAUGAAAAUCUUUUUACUAUGUAGUCUUUCAUUUAAAUGGCUUCGAGCUUCUUAAGUGCUGUGGUAAUAUUUUCUCACUAACCAAACUAUCUAUUCCCCCCAACCCCUCUCUCUCUCUCUGUUAAAAGAAUUUUAUCAAUCUUUCCAUUUAGCCUGUUGCAGAAGAGCCCUUCACAUUUGAGAUGGAGCUGGAUGACUUGCCCAAAGAGAGGCUCAAAGAACUCAUUUUCCAAGAAACUGUGCAGAUAGGCGUUAGGAACAAGGAAUGAGUGAUUCAUGUGAGUAGAAUUUCUUCAUUGGUUCAACUAAUUUGGUUUUGUUCAUUUCAUAUACCCUGCUAAUUAAAUUAUGUGCUUGCUUUAAUGCAAUAGAUUCCUAUAUCUAUCUUGGUUCUUAAUUUAAAACUCCUUUGCUUUCAUUUGAUUUCUUCCCAGCAUUUUAGGCUGUAUUGGUUGGAGAGGUUAGGUUUUGAAUUGGAAAUUAAACAGCUCAGCUUAAAUAUCUCAAAUUAAAUAUUUUGCUUUAAAGCUUUAUCAUAUCCAGCUGUCAAGUGAUGUUUCAUUCUGUAGUUAAAAUUGAUUUCUAUCAUUUGCAUAGUGAUUUAAAAAUCUCUCUUCAAAUUUCUUACCAAUAGCUAGUUUGUAAUAGUAAGUAAGCUUAUAAAGAAUAAGAACUUGGUUUCAACUGAAAAGAAAUAUCAAAUUUAUUGGUUUAAAUAAAUGUUUAAGGAGGUUCUUGAAUAGUGUCAAUUUCAAAUGCUGUGAAAAGGGCAGUUUGACUAGAUUUAUUUAACAGGUAUACACAAGUACAUCCAUAAAGGCCCAACAAGCUUUGUUAGUAUGCACUAAGUUAGUCUUUAUCACAAUAGUCAUUCAUUUUUCUUAUUAGCUUCUAAAAAUAAUGUUUGUUUCUGUCUCUUUUACAGAGUAUCUAGCGAUUGAAACCCAUUGGCUCAGAUGAAUAUCUGCUGACUUUUGAAGGUCUGCUGUACAUAUCUUUUUUUUCGGAUGAGGAGGGGAAAAAAAUUAUAAACCUUGACAAUGCCAUAAAUGGUUCUAUUAAAAGUUUUCGACACUUGUAUAGAUAUGGAUACCUAAUUUAUAACUUGGAGUUUCUUAGUGAUAUGGUGGUGCACUGAAAAACUAUUAUAUCCAUGGCGAUAGUCUGUGGCUGUAAGACUCAAGUUUCCAGACAGGGUGACUUUUUCGAGUUCCAGCUGCUACUUCUUUAAAUUUUGGCUAAAAUGAUAGUAUAUUGUUUUUAAAAAAUCUCAGUAUGGUAGUAAAUAUGUAUUCACUGCCUCAUCUUCAGAAAGCUAAGGUUAUCAAUCAGAUGUAUGGCAAUGUAUCAUUUGUUACCUUAUAAUUAAAGAGAGUGCUCUAGUAAAUAGACUGUAUGAACAAGGAAUUAGUGGAAGUAUAUGGUCUGUUCAAGAGUCUCUGUUGGACAAGAAUCAACUAUGAAAAGCUAACCAUUACAUAAAUAAUCAUACCAUUGAAUUAUUUCCAGUUAUUCCAAACAUUCAAUGUCCACUGGCUAUGCUGUUGUGAUGUGUGCAUCUAUCUAUUUCAUUAAUUCCUGUCUCCUGUGGUGGGACAUGGCAGGACUGCUUACUUAAUUCCUGUCUCUGUGAAGGACCCAUCAAACAAUGUAGGACCUACAUAAAGCUACUCUACAUUGAAGCCGUGUUGUAAUGCAAUCUAACAUGUGGAUUAGUGAUUUCCUGUUAAGUAUUUAAUAUAUGGAACAAAAAAGCAAGCUUUACAUACAGUUUGCCGCAGGAGCUUCCUUAGUAGGGCAAAAUUAGCUUUUUCUGCUUAUUUUUUGAUUCUGUAUUAUAGCUAUGGAUUUGUUACAGUUUGAAAAAAAAAAUGUGAUCAACAAAAGUAUUUAAAAUGUAACUAUUCAAGUUUCAGUACUGUGAAAUUCAUUGUGCAGAUUUUAACCAGGGUGAUGAGAAUUCUGCCCCGCUAAAUGAUCACUUUCAAGCAUGCAUCACUUUGUUUGCAUUUUCCUAUUGUGCUGAAAUUUUUAUAGAUGGAGAAAAUAAUGAUGUGCAUAGUCACGGUAAACUGUUUAUUGUGAAAAUCGGGUCAAAAUAAUAAUUGUACCAUUUUGCAGCACCACUAACUGCUGGGCGCAGCAAAUUAUCAGAUUAAUUAGAAGUUCUUUCAAUACAUUUAUAUAAAAAAUGAUAUAGUAUAUGUAGUAUAUAUAGAUACACACAUACAUACAUACACACACACUCAAAUGGAUUGGUCUAGACUUGUCAGACUGCCAAUUAAUUGGAAAUUUGAGCUAUCCAGAGCAAUAUUUGAUUUUCCCUAACAUAAAUUUUGGUCAUUCCUGUUCUCCAAUCUUAUUAGAAAGAAGUUAAAAUAUAAAGCAAGAACUGAAAGUACCAAAAGAAGAGAGAAAGCAGGUGCUUUUGUAAAUGACCGAAGAAUUCUCAUUCGUUGUUACUUAUAAGAAAUGGGUUGAACCCUCUGUUGCCAUAAUCCUUGAAGGCCCCCCUACUUUCUCUCUUCUUAUCUCUCAUAGACCUAAUUAAAUAAACUUAGAUCCAUUUGAUGAGACAUAGAAUGAAUUGAUUUAAGGCAUGGCUAUUUCCAUUGAAUUAGUUGUGUGAAUAAAGACCUUUGAUUCAAAUUAUUCAAUAUUUCUGAUAUUAUUGCAAGGAGGUCACAUUUAAAAAUUUAAGAUGGAUAAACAAAGAGCAUAUAAUACUUGUUAACUCUGUUUAUUUCACAGCCAAUUUGUUGAAUAUUAAGUUCUGUCAUAGCUAAUAUGUUGAAUAUAAAUUGUCUUAAGUUCUAUCUUGACUAGCUUCAUAUUUUUUCAUGUAAAAAAUCCCUAAUUAAAAUGAGUGAAAGAGAUGUAACAAAUGAUAGAAAUAUUUACUUUGUUCAUCCUUAAAUGCUUGCACGUAUUCAUCCAUAUCACUAUUCAUCAGUAGUCGCUUCACUGUGCAUAUAAUAUUGACUUAAUUUACAUGUAAUGCUGCAUAUAUUUAUACAAAAUAUACUCUUCUUUGAACCACCUUAUGGUUAGUACAGCCACACCUUGAAGGUAUGUUAUUUGAGGCACCUUAAGGCACACCUUGAAGGUAUGUUAUUUAAGCCACCUUAAGGCACACCUUGAAGGUAUGUUAUUUGAACCACCUUAAGGCACUCCUUGAGUUAUGUCAAAUGAGCCACCUUAAGAUGCAUAUUGAAGGUAUGUCAUGUGAACCACCUUACGGUACACCUUGAUAUGUCAAGUGAACCACCUUAAGGCUCAUAUUGAAGGUAUGUCUUAUGAACCACCUUAAGGCACACCUUGAAGGUAUUUCAGGCUCAUUUCAUCUGAAAAGAUCUUAGUAGAAAAUCAGUUGCCAAAUACUUGUCGAUCGUUUCCCAGGAUUUGAUUACCUUGGACUUGUCCAGAAACCAAAAAAAAAAAUAUUUUCUCGAAAGUUUACUCUAUUUGUUUACAACAAAAUUGUUAAAAGCUAGACACAAAUAUUGAACAAAAUAUUUAGAAAUGUCUCUUGUUUUAAUAGCGUAACUGGAACUUUCUAACUCUUCUUUUUAACAAUACAAAUUUUUUGUUAAAAUAACCUUUAAAAAAAAUAAAUUAUUCCUUUGCACAUUUAUCAAAACAUGUUGAGUUGCUCAUAUUUAGAAUAAGAUUUGCUCAUGUGGUAAAUUGUGUUUAAUCUUUCCCUACCAGCUUCAUUCAUGUACAAACUUGACUGAAGCUUAUGUAGAAUUAUUUUAAAAACUUAAUUUAUUUUCCCUACUUUAAAGUAUUUUUCAUAAAAAUUUAAAAAAGACUUACUCCAUCCAUGCCUGUUAGGGCCAAAGCAUAUUUUUAAUUUAAAAUAAAAUAGAUUUGAAUAAUCUGAGUCUAGUUAAAAUGCUAACAAAAAUAAUUUUGUCAAAUGCUGUACGCAACUAGUCUGUGUUCAACUCAUCUUCAAUGCUCAGAACAGAAGAUCUGCUUAAGAUAGUGUUAAAACAAGCCGUGUUUUUACCAAUGGGCUGUUCCUGCAAGCAGCCCAUCCCAACUGUUGUUUUCUUAUUUCUGUGAUUCUUUGUUUAUUGGUUGCCCUGCCAUAUAGAGAGACAUUUUUAUUUUUGUAUCAUUAAUGAAUUCUCUUUUCUUUUUUUUUUUCUCCAAACACUGAUCUUUUCUAUUUGUUGCUGGUUUUCACUUGAGUUGAUUUUCUUUUUUACUCCCCUUCCUCAUUGAAUGUGUUUAUGUCACCUUUAUAGAGGCGUGCCAUGUUCUAUCAUCCCCUGCCAUGUUCUAUCAUCCCCUUUCCUCAUUUGAAGAUGUAUGAUAUAGUAAUCGCCCUUGAAAAGAUGUAUGAUGUGGUUCUUUCCUCCCUCCCCCUCCUCCCCCAAUGUUGAAUGUUGAUGCUUGACUUGUUAAUUGACCUUUAUAAUUAUGAACGUUGGUUCUCCAAUUUCUGCCAGUGACAAAAUAUGUGGGAUGAAGUUUCUCUCCCUUGGAAAGAUGUAUGAUGUAGAUAUAACUAAAAGUUGUACAUUUCCUUACUACAUCCCUCCACACCUUCCUUACACACAACCCCCCCUUCCCUACCUUCAUUCUAUUUUGUUGUAUACUUUUUUGAAUGUUUAUUUGAGGACUGAUUGAUUCUGACACUCUGUGUAUAUUUUCCACUAUUUUGUACACAUUACAUACACGUAUGACUUAAAAUAUUUUCACUUUUAAAAAUAUUAAAUGUGUUGUAUUUUAGUUCUAAAUUUUCUUCUGUGUUGUUUAUAGAUUUUUUUUUUAAAAGUUUUUGUACUACCUAAUUUCUGUCAAUUUUCCUUUCACCUGGGAAAAUACUGCAAAUAUUCCUUCAUUACAUACAGUAAAGUUUAUUACUUCUAUAUUAGAUUUUAUUCACCUCAGGUUUUUUUUUAGAGGUGUCUUAAAAGCAAUUGUAUCUUCAUUUUAAAGUUUAAGAAAUAUAUAUACUAUAUUAUAUAUGCCUUUUUUUAGAUGGACCAAAUUGAAAUGACUAAGUAAAUCAAAGGUACCAAGAAGCUGUGAUCUGUGGUGCUAUGUUGACAACUGUUGUAACCCAGAGCUCCCAAAUUUGUUUCCUAUUGUGGUCAUUUAUGAUCAACUUUUGUCCAUUUAAGUUAAAUGUUUAGGAUUUAACUCGUUUCUUAAAAGGUUUCAAUGUGUCCGGUGCGAGGGCCUCCCCCCCCC